CCUUUUUUAUAGUAUUUAUAUUGUCAAAUUUGUUUCAUAAAAUUGUACACAAUCUAAUACUAUAAAAAUGACUAUUUGUGCAGUCAAAUUUUGCAACAAUAAAAUGUCACAAACAAAAAACAUUAGCUACUUCAGAUUUCCAAGCGACCAAUUGAGGUGUAAACAAUGGAUGGAAAAUUGUCACACUGUAAAUUUGUUAAAAAAAGAUCCUGCUAUUUUAUACAAAAAUUACAGAGUGUGUGGUGUUCAUUUUGAAGACAAUAUGUUUUUAAAUCCAAGUAGCAGGAACCGUCUUACAAUGAAUGCCGUGCCAACAAUAUUUAGUGCUGAAAUAUUGUAUGAGAGAGAAAAAGAAAAGAAAUUGGUAGAUAAAAAGGAAAAAGAAAUUGGAGAAGAAAAGGUAAUGCAAGAAUUCGAGACUCAGAUUGCAAUGGCUUCAUGUUCCAGUCCAUCACAUUCAUUAUCUUACAGUGAUAAUGUCCUGGAUAAUGUAUAUACAAAUGUCAGUGAUGUGUCUAGUUGCUCUUCCGUUUCUAGUAAGCUGCAAGUAUCUACUAGUGAUUCAUCUUGCCAAACUCCACUUUAUCUUACUAACAGAACUCCAAGAAAUUUGAAACUACAAAACAAACUUCAGUCCAAAAACAAAGAAAUUAAAGAUAUGAAAAAACAAAUUAAUGCCAUAACUCAACAAUUAGUACAAGUAAAUACUGUUGAACAAAUGUUAACGUUAUGUGAGAAGUUUUUACCUCCUAGUUUAUUUUUAAUUAUUAAUACACAUGUUAAUUGUAGAAAUACAAAAGCAGUUGGGUAUAGGUAUAGUAAUGAA